AUGGUAAAUAUCGAUCGAUGUGAUCUCAUUCAGGGUGAUAGACUAUGGAUGUUCGCCAUUGGAUUAUUCUUGCAUCAACUCGGCGGUAUAACUUGGAUCGCAAUUCAUCAGCUUCUUGAUUCACUUGCAAAACUCAUUCUCACACCAGUAUUGGGUUCUAUGCUCGAUAAGACGAACAGAAAUAGAGGCAUGCAAGCAGUCCUGUUCGUUAAUAAUGUUGCAAUAUCACUGUCUGCUUUGAUAUUUUUCUUCAAUCUUUCCGAUUCAUAUCGAGUCGAAUCGAACUGGAUGAAAACGCUGUACCUUCUCUUUGCCAUUCUGUUCGGCUCCGUCUCUCGGGUAGCAUCUGAAGCUCAGAAGACCGCUUUUACCAAAGACUGGAUUGUCGUGGUCAUCGCAAAAACCAAAGGAGCUCGUCUGUCCACACAGAAUGCGGCUAUGACUGUUAUCGACCAAGCGUCCUCAUUUCUGACGCCUCUCAUAGCCGGUGUCAUGCUUGACUCCAUGAGCCGGUCUAUGUGCUGCUUGGUCAUCAUCGGAUGGAAUAUUCUUUCAUGGUCCGUCGAGGCAUCGAUGUUGCUUUGGAUUUAUCGGCGAGUUCCAGCACUCGCACAUCGAAUGCGUUCUGAUUCAACUUCCAAGGAGCCAUCUAUCGAUGAAACACCCUCACCUGCUGCGGCGUAUUCAGCAUACUUCAGACAAAGUUCAUUUCGUGCAGCUUUUGGCCUCGCACUUCUCUAUAUGACUGUGUUAGGAUUUGAUAACCUUGCACUCUCUUACGGUGCUUCUCAAGGAAUGUCCGCAUCAACGCUAGGACUAUUCCGUUCCAUAGGAUCUCUACUCGGGUUGCUUGGAGCCUUAUCAUAUACAGCUCUCGAACGAGUGCUUGGAUUACUGUGGACAGGUCUUAUAGGCCUUAUGCUUCAAAACAUGUUCAUUAACUUGUGCACGGUCUCUAUUGUGCUUCCUGGAAGUCCAUUCAAUGCGACAGGAUAUUUCUCAUCAUUGACCACUACAAAAUGGCUGGAUGGCGUUCGAUCGACCAUCUUUGGCGGGUUGUGGAUAGCGGAUCCGUCAAUCACCCAGAUCAUGCAGGAAACCAUUCCUGAAAGGGAACGAUAUUCAGUUUUCGGUGUACAAACAAGUAUCUGUGAAUUUUUCUCUGUGAUAAAAGAUGUUAUGGUGAUCGUUUUUCCGGAAACUAGCAGUUUUGGUGUCCUUAUUUCAAUUUCGUGCAUUUUCGUGUUCACGGGAUUCAUGUUCUACUUAUCCUACUUUAUCAAGGUGACUUGUAAUCGAUCGCGAUGUCGAUCUGGUGAAGGCGAGCUAAGAGAUUUGAAACUACCAGAACAGGAACAUCUGGUCAAUAAGAACCUUCUCGAAAACGGAUUAAUUGCUCCCGACGUUUAA